AUGGAGGUGCGCCUGGCAUUGAAAGCAGUCGGCUUCAUUGCUCUGGAUGUGGUGGGAAUCCCAGGUAAUCUGGCAGUCCUGCUACUCUUCUGCCAUUUAUUCCUAGCACAGGGCCACAUGCCGCACAACGAGUUCAUCCUCAGCCAGCUGGUCUUUGCCAACCUGAUGGUGACACUGUGCCGGGGAAUUCCUCAGGCUCUGACUGCCCUGGGCAUCAACCCACUGUUCAGCAACGGGGUCUGCAAAACAAUGAUCUUCACCUACCGCAUUGGCCGUGCCAUGUCCAUCACCAUCACCUCCCUGCUGAGCUCCUACCAGUGCGUGCUCAUUGCCCCGCCCAAACCUGGCUGGGCAUGGCUGAAACGCUGGGUUCCUGGCCACAUCCCCCAUGCCAUCAUCUUCCUCUACGGCCUCAACAUAAUUAUCUGCACUGCUGCCAUCGUCUGUUCGGAGGCUUUUCCCACCAACAGCAGCAUUCCAGAGUUCACUCUUAACCUGGAGUUCUGCAUUGUGGUUUUCCCAGGCCACAUGGCUUACAUUUUCAAUGGUGUGGUGCUCAUCAUCCGAGACUUUGUCUUUGUCGGCCUGAUGGCAGCAGCGGCAGUGUACGUGGUGCUGGUCCUGCAUCGCCACCGCCAGCAGGUUCAGGGCCUGCAGGGGGCCGGCCGGAAGACAGAGGAGGCAUCCCAGGCCGUCCUGCUGCUCGUGAGCACAUAUGUGGCGCUGUUCAGCUUGGACAAUGUGCUGUGGUUCUAUACACUCUCUGUCUCCCGCGUGCACCCAGCCGUCUCAGAUACACGUGUCUUCUUCGCCUCCUGCUACUCUGCCAUCAGUCCUGUGCUCAUCAUCACCACCAACAAGAAACUGGCCACCUACUUUCAGUGUGGCUCCAAACGCAAGGCAGCAGAAAACAUCCCCAGCAGCACAAAGUCAAAGACCUCUUGGGUGAAACCAACACAAUAAGAAUUAAGAGUGGAACUUGGGGAGGUAUGGAGGGUGAUUGUCUUCUGUAAUGAUAUAGUCUAUGAUGCAUCACUUUUGUGGCUCCACAUUUAGUUAAAAAAUAAAUGUAAAAAAUACCAUAAUAAAUGGGUAAUACAUUUUAACAGAAGAAUGUGGUGCUUUACUCCUUUACUUCACCAUUUUUUGAUAAGAGAUUUGAUUCAUAUGUAUUUUCUCUACUUAUUAUGGUAUGUAUGGAAAGAAACCAUUUACAAGAAAAUGUAUUUAUUAUAUAGGGAACAAUAUUCUAUUUCCAGUGCUUAAAAUAAAUAUAUUACAGAAUGAACUAAAAAGUUUUAUAAGACAUCAAAUUCUUGGCCUGUUCUUGGGCCUUGAGCUUGAAAGUCGGUUAUCAAUAUACCUGCUCACUAAAUGCUCCCUUGAUUUUAUGCUGAUUAAAAUACAUUUAGUACACAUUGAUGUAAGAGAUCAGUAACCACUCCAGUCAACAGACGUGCUGAUUUACUGUACAAUGGCCCAUGCACUACGGAAGUAUUGUUCAGUCUUGUUGCUUUAAAAUUGUAUAAAAACGCAAUCAAUUAAAAUAUUGGGUUUCAUAUUUACUCUGCUGAAUUCAGUGUGUGUAUUUGUAAGCUAGUAUCGCCUCUGAAACUUGCAUUAUUUUAAUAAAGACCUUUUCUUGAAGUACGGAACGUUUCUUCAAAUUCAAGCCUUUUUCAUUUAGUCCAUGCUUCCUAUAAAUGUUUGUCACAGUCUUGUGUUUUAAGCAAUAUAUAGUUUUGC